GGAAUACAUGCAGUGGAGUUACUGGAACCUGGGCUAUCCUGUUAUCCAGCAAAAUGAGUGGAAGAUGAGUCACUGAGAAGAGGUAUCGGAAGAGAAAAAAAGAGAGAGAAAGAGAGAGAGAAAAUGUGAGAAAGCAAAAGAGGAAUAUAGAACAUUAUGGGGAGUCACACAACGUUAUCCCACUCCUUAGCAAUCCAAUCUCCCUCCAGCCCCAUGGGACAAUAGUGGGUUGGAAAGGCAAGCCUGCAGAUUCAUUGAUGGGAAGGAUGGACAAAGUGUAUUCAGGGGAGUCAUGCCUAUUUGUCGGUAGGUACCGUGCCCCCGUCACGAUCUUCUGGGAUAUUAUUAAGACUAAGUUGGAGCUGACUGUACAGUAUCCAGGAGUCAUGCAACAGAACUGUGUGCCCCAUUCUCACACUCACCGCUCUUUUCUGGGUCUUCACACUUAUUUAAUGUGAAAUGUCCUCUUUUAGAAGAAGAUUUUGUAUGAGGGAGAUCUGAGCCAUGCUUUAAGUUGGCACUUGCUCCCAUGUUUAACGUGCUGAAAUCAAUUAUACAUUUAAUGUGGCUAUAUAGAACAGAUCUAUAAGGAAAUCAGGACUCUAUGUGGACUAUUACCAUAAAUAAAUGAAGUUAUGUGGACUAUGAGAAUCUGGUUCACCCUGAAUACUUAUUUUAUGAAGUCCAGGAUACUGUUCUCUCUAUCUGUAGUUUGAGCAAAGUACAGACCACCUGGCUUUGUUUACAUCUCUCAGGAAGUCAGAUAUCCAGAGCAACACACACACACCUGAGGAAGGACUAGUCCAUUGGAGUGCUGCAGAAGGGGGAUGACAGGACAAACAGCACUGCAGUGUGACAGUUAUUUCCAAUCAUCUCCAUGAUCACUCAAACCAACAAGCUACAGCUGUCUCCCCAGAUCUGCUUGUUGAUGGCACUCCAGCUCAACAAAUCCGAUAAUACCGAUAAUCCAUUGUCAUAGAGAAUAAAUAAUAGUCAACAGACAAAUUGCAAAUAUAAUUACUCUCUGAAAGAGGAUUUCAUCACAUCAAACGGCCUGCAGAGUCUGUGGAUGUCGGGGGAAAGAACAAGACACCACAUGAGACAUGGUGAGCAAAGAGACUAAUCACUUGGUCACUGGCCAACACACCAACAGCAAGACCACCGACAAGCUGCCUGGCACCAUGACAGUGCGCUCAGUGCUGCUGAACCGCGACUCGCCGGAUAUCGAGAGCCGCUUAAAGCGCCGCCGCAACCGCACCCAGCAGGUCCGCUUCAAAGACCUGGAGGAUGGACUAGGCAGUGGGACCACUGGAGCCAAGAGCUACCAGAAGACUACCGCUGAGUGUGACAGCCCCCACCCCUUCCGGAAGAACAGCCCCACAAGCCCCAUGGCCCCCCAAGGAUGGCUUACGGAGGCCUCGGUGGUGGGGGCAGUCCGAGGGGACAUGGCAGACACCAUUGAGGUGGUGGCGGCAUUUUUGGCUCGGGCGCCCCCUCACCCGCUAACCCCAGGGCCCACGCGCCGCUGCUGGGCACCACCGUCAUCACCCCCACUGCCAUGCUCACUCACGCUGCCCCUCUCCCGGAGGCAGUGCACUAGCAUGGCCAUCCAGACCUCCCCCCGCCUCCAGAAGCCCAAGCCCUCCGUGCUCUCAAAUGUCCGCAGCGUGGGGGACUCGGUGGGGGUGGAUGGGGACGACAAACAGGACAAUGAACAUGAUGAGUACUACACUACCCACAACUACCUUUCAGAGCCUGCAUCCAGAGAUGGAAACGGCCCUGAGUUUAAGGCUAAGCAGGGAUUGGUGAACCAAACCCAGUGCCUCAGGACUAAUGAGGCUAACGCUAGCUCCCUUGCUGUUGGGAAUCACAUGGACUCUUCCUGGCAUAACUCUACUUGUUUUUCCCCUCCUAAAUGCCAGGGGAGUGCAACUCCGUCCCAAGUGAGGAGGAGAAGGCGCAUAAACAAUGCAAUCAGUGACCCAGGAAGGGAGGUGUCCUACUGUACCACUCCAACACAGACGGAGAGUCCCUGUGUCUCCCCUCCUAACACCCCACCUCCCUUGACAGUGCAGCCCUGCACCUGCCCACCUCCCUCGACUGUGGGACCAUCCACUUCCUCACCUCCCUCGACUGUGGGACCCUGCACCUCCCCACUUCCCUCGACUGUGGGACCCUCCACCUCCCCACCUCCCUCGACUGUGCAGGCCUGCACCACCCAAACAAAAGCUGACAGUCCCUCCGCCUGCCCACCUCCCUCGACUGUGGGACCCUCCACCUCCCCACCUCCCUCGACUGUGGGACCCUCCACCUCCCCACCUCCCUCGACUGUGGAACCUUCCACCUCCCCAUCUCCCUCAACUGUGCAGGCCUGCACUACCCAAACACAAACUGACAGACCCUCCACCUUCCCACCUCCCUCGACUGUGGGAUCCUCCACAUCCCCAUCUCCCUCUGCUGUGGGACCCUCCACCUACCCACCUCCCUUGUCGGUGCAGGCCUGCACCACCCAAACACAAACUGACUGUCCCUCCACCUUCCCACCUCCCUCGACUUUGAGACCCUCUAUCUCCUCACCUCCUACUGUGCCCUCCACCUCCCAAACUCAGACUGUGCUUCACUAUGCCUCCUUACCUAAAACUCUCAAACCACUCCACAUCACACUACACAAACUGAACCUGUUCCACCCUGUACCUCCCUGA